AAUUUCCUUAACGUCUACCAGACGACGUUUAACAUCCUCAGUUUUGUUUCUUGACGUUGUCCGUGAUAUAUUAGACGUCGUCUAGGGUCCUAACCUUGUUCGGCAAACGGAAAAUAUGUGCUCUGAAAACCCUAGAAAAUGGAGGUUCACAUGGGAGACCCAAUCUCACUCCCCAAAUCUCAAGUUAUUCAUCUUCGAUUCCCGUACAAAAUCUUCAAUUCAUUGCAUAAGCCUCGAGGUCCGGCUACAUCUUCCGCAAUCUCAACUUCUCGUCAGCUGGAUUGGAGAAGAUACCGAGAAAAUCUCGAUUAGGGUUCCGAUUCCUAAACUUCUAAUCGAUCCCGAUUCUCCUGUGAGUUUUAGAGCCCUCGAUGAUCACAUUGAAGUUAAGCUUGUGUUGCUUCUUCCAGUUGAUCACCCCAUAUUUUCCAACUUGAGUUUGAGCGAUGAUGGAGAGAAUAAUGAGGCUUUGGAUUCAGUAAAACCACUCAAAAUGGACUCUGAUUUAAAGAAUUUAUCAACAAUGGAAGGAGUGCAUUUUUACUGCCAAAGUUGCUCAACUAGGUUGACCAGAAGUUGCAUCAGACAGUUUGUGGAAAUGCCAUCAGUUGACUGGCGGGAGAUGGCUGACAACUGGUUUGGAGCCUGCUGUUGUUCAUUUGGAGGUAUAAGUGAGAAGCUGGUGAAUAGGUUCGCAGAUGCUUAUACAUGUGCAAGGGGCUUGUGCUUGUUAAAUUCUACAUCUGUUAUUAUUUGCAAGGAUGAUCUUGUAGCAAGUAACUUUGCUGACUGGAAUGGAAUUCAAAGGUUUGAGCCCAGAGAGAAUUUCGCUGGUCGGAAUAGUUUAAGUGAAGAAGCAAAUCUAGAUUUUGGAUCUAAUCUCAGAAGUGAUGCCAGUUGUGAUAAUCAUAAUGAGAAAGCGGAUGUUAAUAGGACUUUGAGGUCUUCACAUCUCAACUUUUAUAAUCAUGGUGAGGACAUCAAAUGUAAAGUUAGGGAGGAAGAACCUAAUGCUAUUGGAUUAUUUUAUGCGAAACCAGCAUCAGAUCUCUCUGAAAAUGUAGCAUCAGAGCUUGGUUGUUGCAAUUCAACCCAUUAUGAACAAGAAUAUGUUGAAAUGAGCACACAUGAGGUGUCUAAACUUUCAUUAGUGGAUCAGAAUAAUAGUGAAGCUGUAAAUGCCAUGGUCAAUAGGAGAUCUUUUCUUAAUGGGUUUCUUGGAAAUGUUUUCAUGGCUAGAUCCUAUAAUCUUUCUAUGGAUAUUGAGUGGAAGCAAUUUGUUUGCCCUAACUGUUCAACUGUUCUUGGAGCUUAUCCUUGUGCUGAUGGUGAUCUCCCUGUGGAUAAUGGAGUUAGACUUUUGAAAUGUUACCUUUCCACUUCGUUGCCUGUUGGUAGAUCAGAUGACUUAUUCAGGAAAUAUACUUUGGAGAAAAUGUUUGCAAAUCAACUAAUAGAAAGUGCAAAAGAUGAGUUGUCAUUUCGGACUGUAAUCAGGGAUUUGACAACCAAAUCUCCAAUGCUGCAAAUCGUGCUUUUAAAUCCAAAUUCAUGGUACUGCACUGGUAGCUGUUUAGAUGCAGAGUGUGGUGAGAAAUCAGCAUUGAAGUUGGACUUGCAUCCGAUUAUCAAGCUUCUGUUUUCUGACUGUAGCAACAAUAAAGGAUCCCAAUUAAGGGUGUUAGAAGAUUGGAUAGCCAAGAAUCAAGCAGAAGAAGUUUUCAUGUUGCCCCAUCUAAUAGAAGAAUUGACUGAAAACAUCGCAUCCAUGAAGGAUCAACUUCCACCCUCUUGUAUUUUCUUCCAGGGUCUAUCACUGUCGUUCUUGCUGAGGUAAGGUUUAGCUAUUAAUGGCUUCAAACUUCUAUUUGAUCCGAAUGGAAGACUGGAAUGGUACACAUUGCAGAAGUUAUGGUAUAUUAACUGGAAGACUUUGACAGAAGUUAAUGAUUUAUUUCCACCUUCUUGUACUUGCUGUUUGAGUCAUGACGCACAAUUUCAUCCUCAGUUUUUUAAUGCAGAAUAAUUUGUGAAAGCGUUGUAGCUCUUGAACAGUUAGCUAGCAGAUGUAAAAUUACCAGUUAUUUGGAUCGGACAUAAUAUUGUAGAUUAGUUGAAGUGAUUAUUAUUUUUAUAUAAAUACAGGGAAAAUUAAUGUGUUGAC